CGCUGUCGCUGUCCGAUCGCUAUCAAAAGCAAAACGGGAGUUCUUCACGCGAACGGUGGGCACGCACUCCAUGUUAUAGAUUCCGAGUAGCAUAGAAGACUUUCCAUGUCGGCAUUGUGAAUGUAAAAGAUGAGUGACUAUUCAGCGGUAGCGCCGCCACCACAGCAGAAUUUCAACACAUCGUCGGCGUUUGCCGCCGCCCUCCAACGAGCGAAACAAAUAGCGGCAAAAAUCAACCCUACCGCGGGCGCGGGACAGAAGCGGCCUUUGGAAGAUGGGCAAGAAGAGGGAUUAAUUUUAGAGCCCGAUAGCAAGAAACUAGCAACUUCAAUGGUUGGAAAUGUUCCCAGACCAAUGGGACAGAGUAUGGGGCAGCCGGCCCUUGGGGGUGGACCUCAGAUUAAUGAAGACAUCAAGGUCCCUGAUAAAAUGGUUGGAUUGAUAAUAGGAAGGGGUGGCGAACAAAUAACGCGCUUACAGGUCGAGUCCGGCUGUAAGAUUCAGAUGGCACCCGACUCUGCUGGUCAGCCGGAACGCGUUUGCUCGUUGUCGGGCUCGCGUGAGGCUAUCACCAGAGCAAAGGAGCUCAUCAUGAAUAUCGUGCACCAGCGCGGACGUUCCGAAGGCAUCGCCGGGCUCGAUCUUGGACCCGGACUUGGACAGGGUGCAAAUGGCAAUGCGGGGCGUAACUUUGUGGAAAUAAUGGUUCCCGGCCCGAAAGUCGGAUUGAUAAUCGGCAAGGGCGGGGAAACAAUAAAACAAUUACAGGAACGUUCCGGUGCCAAAAUGGUUGUCAUUCAAGAUGGUCCCAAUCAAGAACAGGAAAAACCUCUACGCAUUAGCGGCGAUCCCGCGAAAGUAGAAUACGCAAAACAAUUGGUUUAUGAUCUGAUAGCUGAAAAAGAAAUGCAGGCUUUCAAUCGAGGAGGAAGUGGCGGUGGAGGCCAGGGCGGAGGAGGUGGUCGCGAUCGUGGUGACCGUGGAGGUCAAGGUUUCCAAGGUGGCAACGACUAUGGUAAUGGUGGCGGCGGUGGCGGAGGAGGCGGCAAUGAAGUAGAAGUACUAGUUCCAAGGGCAGCUGUCGGUGUUGUUAUCGGCAAGGGAGGAGAUAUGAUAAAGAAAAUCCAAGCUGAAACCGGCGCAAGAGUGCAAUUCCAACAAGCCAGAGACGAAGGACCCGGCGAGAGGCGGUGUUACCUCUCUGGCAAACCACAGAAUGUCGAACAAGCUCGUCAAAGAAUAGAGGAGCUUAUCGAUAGUGUAAUUCGACGUGAUGGCGACGGAAACGGCGGUGGCCGAAACGGUGGCGGCAACCGAGGCAACAGAGACAGGUUUGACGGACGGGGAAAUGGCCGGAAUGGUGGAAAUGAUUAUCAGGGUUGGGAUGAUCGGCGGCAGUCCGCUGAGGUAACGUUCACAGUGCCUGCUUCCAAAUGUGGCGUUAUUAUUGGCCGAGGUGGCGACACGAUAAAGCAGAUUAACAUGAAUUCGGGUGCGCAUUGCGAGCUUGAUCGGCGCUCACCAGCACAUCCAAAUGGUGACAAAACUUUUAUUAUUCGUGGCGAGCCGGAGCAAAUUGAGGCGGCGAAGCGUAUUAUUAGCGAUAAGGUUCAACUACCCAUCAAUUUUGUUGCGGCGGGUGGUAAUGUCUCCAAUGCUCUCCCUACUGGUUACAAUCCCCAGGGUUGGGGCGUGCCAGGCUUCCAGCAGCAGUGGAACGGUCCACAACAAGCCGGUAACGGUGCCGAUGGAGGACAGCAAGCUGGUGUACCUGGUGGCAGUGUACAAAUGCCAGGAGGAGCGGGUCAACCAGAUUAUUCACUGCAAUGGGCUGAGUACUACCGGUCCCUGGGCAUGCAUCGAGAAGCAGAGAUGAUAGAACAACAGUCGAAAACCAAAGGUCCCACACCUACUAGUGCGCCAACGCCAAGUUUAGCGAACGCUGCGAAUCCCACGCAUUCAGCAACUGCACAAGCAGCAGCGGCCGCUGCUGCAGCAGGAGGUGCGCAACCUGCAGCGAAUGGUCAACCAGAUUACAGCGCUCAGUGGGCGGAUUAUUAUCGCAGCUUGGGCAAACAUAAAGAAGCUGAAGCGAUUGAAGCGCAGAUGAAAAACAAAAGUUCUGCACCGCCAGCUGGUACCCAACCAAACCUGCAAUCUUCGCAGGCAUCGAUGACGACAGCUUACCAGCAGUCGUACGGUGCAUACCAAGGACAAACAGGUUAUUAUGGUGCGCAAGCUGGACAGACAGCAUCCGUUCCGCAAGGCGCUGCCGGUCAAUAUAACUUUGGUUACGGUUAUGGCGGUGCCCCGGCACGCAGGGCAAGCCCCACCGCAGACGCAGCAGCCGUCCUCCGACUGAAUGAUCUCAACAACGCGCCCCCAGUCGGCAUCGACACACAAAACAUAAAUCCUAUGAAUAUCGCCGCCGCCACUUGAAUUUGCCAUUUUAUGUCUCGGUCAUCAAUUGCCAAGGACGGCGUGCUUGACUAAUUUUCGCAAAUUACGGUUGUUAAACAAAAAAAAAAUAAGACGAACCUAUGAUGAACCAUGCUGAUGAUGAUGCAGACGAUGAACAUUACCAUAACAUGUGCAUAAUGUGUAUCCCUUUGAUGAAAACGUUAUUGGUGUUUGAUACUGAUGCUAUUGAAGGUUGAACAUUCACAUUGAACAUGUUUGAUUGCGAUUUGUUGGGUUGGUUGUUGCCGAAAGCGUAGAAUUUAGGUGCGUCGGAUGCGGCGCUGAAGAAAUCAUCUCGAAGACAGCCGAAGAUAUUCACCAGCCGCUUAAAGUUACAAAUCAUUCUAUGAACUCUUUAAUCGAAAAGUAUUAAGCGUAUUAAGUGCUCUAUUCGGCGACGCGCGCAAGAGGAAUGUGCGAAAUUAUAUAUUUGCGAUUGUUUGUUUAUUAAGUAUAAUCGAUUUCUUUCGUUGAAUAUGUUUCUCUUUCAUCGUACAUUCGGUAUAAGUUAAGUAAUGGUUUAAUCCAUGCGACUUUACUUAUUCCGACGUAUAUUUGCUUUUGUAAUGGCUUAAUACGUAUACUUUUUGUUCACUUUUAUAAAAUAUUAAUUUAACUUUCUCACGUACCGCUUAAUUAUGAAAGAAUUAAAGAAUUUAAACUUCAAUGACGAGAAAGUAAUGGUAUAAUAUAUUAGAUAUAGGAAUGAUGAAAGACGUUAAGCUACAUACUAAGAACUUGAAUAAUUGAUUGUACAUAGAAUAUUUUGAAGUAUGCAUAGCAGAUUGGAGAGUUGACGAAUUUGAAAAUAAAACGAAACGUUGAAAAUGUCUUCUACAAAACAAAAUUUAAGAAUAAAAUUACUGAAUAUUCAAACUUAAUGCACGAUUAAGAGAAUAAAUAAUUAUAUAGCUUCCAGAUUACAUUUAAAUACGUUUACGACGAAUUAAAGAAAGCUUAGAUAGUAGUUAGUUACAACAUAUUUAGCGUAAGAAUAAGUACAUAAUUGAAAAGAUAAGUUUUAAAUUUACUGGCCAUACUGGACACAACUCAUGAACAUCAACACGACUAACAACACAAAUGUAGCAUUAUAAGCGAUGACAUGAUUAUAGAAACAUAAAUGGUUCACACACGUUUGUAGGUUUUCCUUGGCGAAAGAAAUAAUUUCGAUCAUAUGUAUUCAAUUCAUUAAUCAUUAUUUUAUAUUAUAUAUAUGCUCAUGUAUUUUCUAUUUUCGUACGUUGCAACAAAUUGUGCAUUGAUUUUUGCAGGUGGCAACCCACUAUUCACAAAUUUGUGUAGCUCAAAACUUGCGUCAAAUUUCAUAAACUGUGUAUGUAUAGCAAUGUGUUGCAGGAUUGCGCAUGCAGAUUGUACAUUUUUAGGCAUCGUGGAUGGACUGACCUAUGAGGAACGCAUUUUGUUUUUAUCAAAUGAAAAAUGAAUCUCGUGUUGGCCACGCAUAUAUAUCUAUUAACAUAUUAACGUCUUUUACUAUAAUAUUCGUAAUAUUUUUGUUUCUUUGCCACGCAACGUCGUUAUUUUCCUAUGUUCUCUGAUAUAACUUGACGAUUUGUAUUAACCAUGAGACCGAAGACAUUUUUGAACACACACACAUAAACAUGAUUAUUCAUAUUCUAUCUAUACUCGAUAGCGAAUAAUAUUUAAUAAGUAUGCUCUUAUAUUAUGAUUAUGAUAUGAUUACGAUUAAACAUUAAUACCAU